AUACGGUACUUUAAAUCCAGAGCUUAGUAAUGACUCAAUUACAAAUGUAUGUGAGCUCAUACUUUGUCGUGUAGUGAUUACUUGCUCAGUGCUUUGUCGCUUUGAGCGGAUACAGAUUAUAUCGUAGAAAAACAAGCCCACUGCUCACCUGAUCGUAAGUGGCUAUAAUAUCUUCGUGUACUAUGCGUUAAAGUAUCUACAGUGUGAAGUGCGUCGCGCUUAGUCCGUAGCGGCAACUAUGAUCAAAUGAAAAGUUAAUAACUUACCAAACGUUGAGAAACAUGGAAGAUUUCGAUGUAUUCACAAAUAAAAUACAUAUCACGAAGCCGAUUUACAAGAAUAUAUUGAACAAAUUCGCUAAGGAUAUACCUGCGACUCCAUUUGGCCCUAAUUAUCAGAGUGCGAGAAAAUUGUUGGCUGAACAAUGUCUGAUGGAUGGUGACGAAGCUGGAUGUGCGUUUCACUUCAGCGAAUCAGUGUUCGCUACUUUAAGGACCAUGGCAAUUUAUAGGGACGAGCAGAUAAAAUUAGCCAAUGACAACCUAAGAAAGAUAACAAGUUACAUAAAACCUGUACAAGAAAUAAUUGAAGCUAAUCCAAAGACUGAUGACCAAUUAAUUGAUAACUUAAUUAAAAUAAAUGACAUAGAUGUAACGGGAGUUUUAGACUCGAUCAAAACAGACGAUGAACUACCAUUUCACCAGAGAUACUUGAAAUUCAGCUCUGAAAAUAAUAUUGACAACUUCAGGAGGAUACUGAAGGAAUUGCCGAAAGAAUGGACAGUAAUACAAUUGACCGCACCGUACAAUCCGAAUGAAAAUUUGAAGCAAAUGGAUGAGUUCAGAACAGAGGUGGAUUCGAUAUAUUUAAGCGUUUUCACUAAUGAUUACUUAGAUGACAGUAAUUUGGGUCCAUUUACUAUAAACAUUCCAGCUAAUCGACACAAAGAAGGCGAAAGACCACUAUUCACGGAGCUGUACUCGUUGUUGGACGAAAACUACAAGACCAUCGAGAACGCGCAGUUCCUCAACAACAAGAGGCUCGUGCAGGACUACUGGGCCAAGCGCGAGGACAUUGACCUCAGAAUGAAGAGUGUAAUUAACGUGAUGGACAAGGAAUGGCUCGGCGGAUGGGGCAGCUUGCUGACUGGUAAACUUAUUGAUACGAAAUGGAAAGAAAAAAUCAAGAGCACAGUACAGAAUACCGUCUCUGACUGGGGUGUCCUGUUUAAUUCCUCGUCCCCGCGCUACCUUCAGGAACGUUUUGAUUUCCUACAUACUGCAAGCUCUCAUUCACUCAGGUUAAUGGGACUAAAUGAGAAGCAAAUGAUACUCUUGUACAAUCUCAUGGAGAGUUGCCCAGUGUUGUCAUCGCAGCAGCUAAAAUCGUGCAUAAGGAAAAUCCUGACGGAACAUGGCAAUACCGAGCGUUUCAGACAGGCGCUGACGUGCUGCGAAAGUUGCAGCAAAGAUUUUAAUUUACUGAACGAAUUGUGUCUGAAAUGUUUGUCGAAAUGCUUCGAGGCCGUCCACCAUUUUACGUUGGUAGACGCGAUACGAGCGUUUUCUCAGCUGGCAAUUCAGAUAAAGGACUGCAACGAGUGGGCAACACUGAAGAAAGCUAAACGACACCCCGUCAUAUUGAUUGUUGAUGAGGCGCUGGACACGUUCCCGUGGGAGAGCACGGCGGCGCUGCGCGAGCACCCCGCGUCCCGGAUGGAGAACGUCCACUUCCUGUACCACCUGUACAAGCUGCACGAGGGGCGCGUGGCGGCCGGGCACUACGUGGCGUCGGGCGGCGCCGGCAGAUACGUCAUCAACCCAGAGAAGAAUUUAGACCGAAUGGAGAAGAGAAUGAAGUCGUUCGUGGAGUACUGGUGCGAGUCGUGGCGCGGCUGCACGGGCUGCGCCCCCACGCCAGAGCAGUUCAUAGAGUACUUGAACGAGGCAGACAUAUUCCUGUACUGCGGCCACGGCGACGGGUGCCGCUGUGCGGGGGGCGGCUCCGUGGUGGAGGGGGGCGGCGCUCGCUCCGUCUGCGUACUCGCGGGCUGCGGCUCGGUGCGCCUGUGUCGCACGCAGCCUCGCCGCCCGCCGCGCGCCGCGCACCUGCAUCUGCACGUCGCCGGCAGUCCAAUGGUGGUCGGCAUGCUAUGGGAGGUGACCGACCUAGAAGUGGACAAGGUGGUGACGACGAUGAUGUCCCUGUACGUGCCGUCCCGACAGGCGCUGCCCUGGUCGGCCGUGGGGAAAACUAAAUGGAGCCAGGGGAUUAUCGAUGUGAGCCCGCCCGGCUGCCCGGCCCGGCCGCCGCACGAGCCGCAGCUGCUGCGCGCGCUGGGCGCCGCCCGCGCCUCCACCAACUUCAUCAUGAUCGCCAGCAGCGUGGUGGCCAGGGGGCUGCCCGUCAAGAACUACCAGUGACGUGACGACUCCGUGUACUUUGACAUAUGGCAAGCUUUGAGAACUGUCACAUUUGACACUUCGACAUGACAGUAGGUAGCACCGGCACAAAUAGGUAAAACUCCAUUUAUUUUUAUAUAUGGCAAUUUUGAGAACUGUCACAUUUGACACUUCAACCUGACAGUGGUGCUUGAUUAUUUAAAAAUAUUAAAAUAAAGUGUCUUACUUAGCUACUCACUUAAUUCUUAGUGACUAUCUGUGACCUUGCUCGUUCACGAAGCCCGCUAUAGACAGCAGAGUAUUAUAUACACUUGACACUUGACAUUGGCGAAAUCUAAAAGGAAACGCCAUAAACCCAAGAGAUAGAUAAAAAAGAAAGGCUGUUUAAGGAGUUUGUAACUCUGAAAAAGAUAUAAAUAAAUCACUUGACUCAGACUUAAAUAUUAUUUAAUAAGUUUAAAAGGCUGAUUUGAUUGUUGAUUUCAAUGUAAUAUUAUUAUGUUAAAAAAGUGAAGAAUAAAAAAAAAAGGGCAAUGGUGAAAAGUGAAUUAUUAUCUGUGAUAAUAAUAAGAAUUAUAUUAAAUAUGUAUUGAUUUAAUUAAUAAUGAUUACACUUACUUGUAAGUCAAAAUUGAACAAUAUUGUACAAUAAAAAAAUGUUUCAAUAAUAAUUUAUGUAAUAAAUGCUUUCGAAUGAAAUAGAAAAGAAUUUUGUAUCUUUUUCUUCAAUUUUACUAUUUAUUUUCAAUAUAUCUGUAAUCUUGUAAUGUCUUCUUUCAUAAAGUAUCUUAUAAGUAAUUAUGUAUUUCUAUUAUUCUUACUAAAAUAAAUUUAUUCUAUUUU